UCAAGUCUGCGAAGCAAGCUGUCAAUAUGGAACGCCAACUGAACCCCAGAAAUAGCUCUCGAACUCCUGGAGCGUGGCGCUGACCCUAACGUUAUCACCUCCCUCUCACAUCAGUACAUGAACUAUACCUGGCAGCCUCGUUUCACCGGCGAGUCAGCCCUGGAUAUCGUAUACAGGCACCUCAAUGUGCUCCAACAAUACAAAGGGGAGGAGCAGGUGCCAUCUCGCCCAACCCUGCCAGAGGGAAUCGAUAUCUACCUGAACCACUUUGAGGAAGGUUCCUACCAACAAUGGGUUGUCUCCAAAGAGAUUGACAAGCUUCGCGAGACCCACCGCAGAGCACUGGAGAAGUACGAGAAAGAUGUCUCGUCCCCGAACAGCAUUCCCGGUCUUCAGGAGAAAGCCGCCAUGAUUGAGGAAGCCACCAAAACGAUGGUGGAAAUCAAGGAAACGAUGGUUGCCAUGGGAGCCAAGCGGUUUGCGGAACUCUAUCCUGAGUACCUACACCGUCUGGAGAUCCCCAAUCAUCGAAACGAGAACUCAUUUGGGAGAGUGGAGAAGAGUCCGGAGCCGUACAAAUUCAACUUCUGUGUCAAGAACGUAAACGACGUGACAGAAGCGAGGAAGAAAGCCUAUCUGAGACUGUUCAACGCUGCCUUCAAGGGCGAUCUUGAGACAACCAAGGCGCUCACAUUGGCUGCCUGGGGUGAUACCAGUGAAGAAGCUCCGCUCAAGAUUGCUGUCUAUGACGGCAACAACAAUAACCCAUUCUCGCUCGCGUUUUCCCGCGGCCAUUUUGAGGUCGCUAAAGCCGUGCUUGAGAUUGCCCGGGCGCAAUAUGUGCCCAAAGAGAAACCAAAGACUCAGUACCUGGCGGACCACGAUUCUUCGGAGGACUCCGAAGACGAAUCUGUCGCCGAUGAUGAUUCGCCAAGGAUCUACGCCCAAAUCAUUGACGACCAGUUCACUAUUGAGAACGUUGGCCAGGUGUCAAUGAAGGUUAAGAGCCAUACCAAACCACACACGCUUGUGGAUUGGGCGUCGCCGCUCCUUGAUGUCAUCCGGAGGAACGACAUGCAGAGACUAAAGCUACUGCUCGAUAUCGGCGAACGGUGGAGCGCCGAAAGGCUUGAACCUGAUGAUGAAGUCUCUGGCUUCUAUUCGUUCCCGGACGAGGCAUUCAGGUUGGCAGUCGGGCUCGGCCGUGUGGAGCUCCUCGGAGAGAUCAUCAAACGCACCGGGGCAGGUUUACCACUGGAGCAUCUGGUCGAAGGCACAGGCUUGGAGUUGCAAGAGCGGCCUCGUUACUACCAGGGCCUAACAGUCUACGGGAAGAAGAGAAAGGAUUGGGCAACCGCAGGCCGCACAAUGGCUAGCAAACCAAGCGGCACGAAGACCUCGCCUCUACUGCUCGCAGCUCUGGCUGGCCGAAUCGAGGCGGUGGAGUGGUUCCUCAGUGAUAUCCCACUCAGGCAUUAUCUCGCCUUCGCGAAAUCCAAAGGAGCUCGUGACGACGUGAGGUUGAAGCACCUAGCCCAAGCGCCUGGUGGAUUUGAUGGCGCAAUCUCCAGGUGGCUUAAUGACCAAAGCGAUCUCGUUCUUCAUGCCGCUAUCUCCGCUCCUCCAACCGCUCGGGCAACUGAGCUGGUGUCGCACCUCGUCAAGACCUACCCAUCCCUGCUUGAUGCCAAGACGGCGUACGGCGCAACGCCGCUCUUUCUAGCAUGCCGACUAGGCCGCAUUGAUAUCGUCAAGAUUCUGCUCGAGGCUGGAGCGGAUCAGACAACCAAGGAUUUUGGUCGAAACACAUUGUUGCACGCGGCACUCGACUGGAAGCCAAGCGCCAAGAAACUGAAGGCUCUACUGAACCUCCUCGACAGUGGUUUACUCGCCACAGCGCUGAAAGAGCGGAAUAGACUUGAAGAUUCUGGCCGUACGCCCUUGCACCAAUGGCUGGACGGCGUUGCUACCGGUAAUGGGUAUACGACCGCGGCUGCCGUGCGAGUGUUCAAGCUCUUAGUCGAUAUCUCUCAUGACGCCGCCAAGCAGGCAUUGAGAAUGCCUGACGGCACUGGUGAUACGCCGCUCCAUUCACUCCUGGCUAAACGCGCCUCCGUUGGGCUCGUUCGUGCUGUUGUGAGCUUCGACCCCAGUCUGUUGUUCUGCGAGAAUGCCGUUGGCCGCACACCUGCUGAGGUUGCGCACGACCGCUUCCUCUCCGACCGUUUCUUCCCCGAAAGUCCGAGAUAUUAUUGGGCUCCAUACGAACCCGAUGUUUCUGUCUCUACGCUAGUGUCCAAGUCGCCGAGCGAUUUCGUCAAGAAACCAUCCUGCGACCAAGCUAGGGAGCACGAGAGCAAGACGAACGUUGCCAACAACUGGCGUUUGUGCGCUGAGUUCAUGGCCCAGGUCGAACAGCCGAAGCGAACACUAGUCAGCCUCCACUCCGCCAAUUUUGUCGCAGCCCGGUUGGGCGAACAAUACAUGAGGACGCGCUACCGGUUCAGUCUGGGUAAGAAGACCGAGAGAGAUACCGACAGCGUGUCAAGCGAAGAUAUCCAGAACGGUAAUGCCGGCGACAGCAAGGAUCUGAGUGUGGACAAGGGCAAGGUCCUGUUCCAAAGGCCUAGACACCGGGGGACCGACGUGAUCUCCGAGCGAUGGCAUUCACGUCGGGAUGCUUGGACUUUCCCCAAGAAGAAAAGCGACGAUGACAACGUAGAGGCGGCGCCAGACUCCUCCGAUGACAGUGAUGCCGACCACCUCUGCGAUUGUUGCGGAAGGAGUCAUAACUAGACCGAACUGAAUGUGGCGGAAAUGGGAAAAUGUUGCGCAGGGCUUUGCCCAACCAGAAGUCUCAAUGACUAGCUGGUAUGCUACAGUUAGUCUGACCGGAUGCUGGCUUGAUCCAUCUCCAGAUAAGCACCGCAGGCCUACCGGCAAGUCGGUGUAGGAAUAAUAUAGUGUCAAGGUCAAUGUUUGUGCUUAACCGAGCCUG